CCCCCCCCCCCCCCCCCCCCUCCUUCCUCGAUCAUCUCAACCCGUCCCCUGGAUUUUCCGACGCCCGCCUCGGCCAACUCAAUUCCACUCUUUAGACCCGUUUCGUCAUCCCAUUGACACCCACCCUCUCCAGGGGCUUGUUUGGUCAAGAUGGCAGCCGAUAUGAGCGGCGAACAGAUGCAGGCCAAGAUCACUGCGGCCCGGCGCGAAGCCGAGGGUCUCAAGGACAAGAUCAAGCGCAGAAAGGAUGAGCUGGCAGACACCACUCUCCGCCAAGUGGCGCAAAACCAGACCGAAACUCUACCUCGCAUUGGAAUGAAGCCCCGUCGAACGCUCAAGGGCCACUUGGCUAAGAUCUACGCCAUGCAUUGGUCGACUGAUCGCCGCCACCUCGUCUCCGCCUCACAGGACGGAAAGCUCAUCAUUUGGGAUGCCUACACCACGAACAAGGUCCAUGCGAUUCCCUUGCGGUCAUCAUGGGUGAUGACUUGCGCUUACGCCCCCAGCGGAAACUACGUUGCUUGCGGUGGUCUGGAUAACAUUUGCUCCAUUUACAACCUCUCCUCGCGUGAAGGGCCGACUCGGGUCGCGCGUGAGCUCUCCGGACAUUCGGGUUAUCUCUCUUGCUGUCGCUUCAUCAACGAUCGCCGAAUCAUCACUUCCUCGGGAGAUAUGACUUGUAUGCUGUGGGAUAUUGAGUCGGGUUCUAAGGUGACCGAAUUCGCCGACCACCUGGGCGACGUCAUGUCGAUCAGCAUCAACCCCACCAACCAGAACAUUUUUGUUUCCGGUGCCUGCGACGCCUUCGCCAAGCUCUGGGAUAUCCGUACCGGAAAGGCCGUUCAGACCUUCGCUGGACAUGAGUCCGACAUCAACGCCAUUCAAUUCUUCCCCGACGGAAACGCCUUCGGAACCGGCUCCGACGAUACCUCUUGCCGUCUGUUCGAUAUCCGUGCGGAUCGGGAAUUGAACACCUACCAGAGCGAUCAAAUAUUGUGCGGUAUCACGUCUGUUGCAUUUUCUGUGUCCGGUAGACUGCUCUUCGCUGGUUACGAUGAUUUCGAGUGCAAGGUCUGGGAUGUUCUGCGUGGUGAUAAGGUUGGUUCUUUGAGCGGCCACGAGAACCGUGUGAGCUGCUUGGGAGUCAGCAACGAUGGCAUCAGCUUGUGCACCGGAUCUUGGGAUUCCUUGCUCAAGGUGUGGGCCUGGUAAUCCGAGAAAACGAACAAAAAAAAACAGCAAAGAUACCCUGUCUCAAGUCUUUCGUGACGUCCUCAUUCGAAGUUUCCUUAAUCAUUUUCUGCGCCACUAGGUUCCAUGUCCGCCACUGUACGAUAAUCUUUCAUUCACUGAGGAGCAAUUUAGUGCCGCGCCUGCUUAAUGCACUAGUCGGAUUG